UACUCAGCAAGAAGUUUGCGCUCUGUCUGUCUGAGCGCCUGUCCGUGUGAUCGCUGUGAUCUCGGAAACUAUUAAGCCUAGAGAGUUGACAUUUCAAAUUUAUAAUCCUUAUUUUCCUACGCAGCUCAAGCCCACAAGCCAAAAAUGUUGAAAUGUAUUGUUUUCGUCAAUACCUAUCGGUUGACCUAAAAAAUGCUGCCACCCGCACUCUAGCGCCUUCAAAAAAUCCCAUGGAAUCGAAAAGAUCGUUUUGGUCAGACGCCGAGGUAACCGAGCUGCUUGGCCUGAUGAAGGAAAAUAAUAUAUUGAGCAAGCUCGAUGGGAAGACCAAGCGAAACAACAUAGUUUACAGGGGCCUCGCAGAAUCGAUGAAGACUAAAAAUAUGAUCAAAUCCGGAGACCAAAUCAAAACCAAGCUGCGACUGUUAAAGAAAUCAUAUUUUGAAGUAAAGCGCAGCAAUGCAGUCAGUGGGGCUGCCAGGAAAACGUGCACCCACUUCGAGGAGCUCGAGGAGAUGUAUGGGACUCGCCCGGUGUCUCAGGCUGUAGGUGUGGACACAUCGGAGGAGGGAUUUGUGGCAAUCGAUGGCUUCGAUGACCUGGCCAAUGAAGUCUUCACCGAAACAGAGGGGAUUGAUGAAUCCAGUUCUACUGUUGAUGUACCUGAACUCCUGGUAGAGACAUCUAUGCCUAGGAGCCGCCGAACUUCAAACAAGGCAAACGUCGUGCAGAUGGUUCAGAAUAUGUAAAACGACAACAAGGAGGCGUUGGACAGGCUGGAGGUGCAGAAACAGGAGUUCCUUGAGGCUCAACGGGAAAUCGACGCCACCUUUGUGCAGAGCAUGCGCGAUGUUCUUGCGGAGGAUCGGGCCGAGACCCAAAGAUU